AUGGCGCCUGCAAACCUUCCCGCUGUCUUCAAUGCGACGUCGCAGGACAUUGAGAUGCUGCUCGCAGCUCAGUGCCACCUCGGCUCCAAGAACCUCCAGGUUCACAUGGAGCCCUACCUGUGGAAGACGCGCGCCGACGGUGUCAACGUGCUCAACAUUGGCAAGACCUGGGAGAAGAUCGUCCUUGCUGCCCGCAUCAUCGCUGCCAUUGACAACCCCGCCGAUGUCUGUGUCAUCUCCGCCCGCCCCUACGGACAGCGUGCUGUCCUGAAGUUCGCCGCCCACACUGGUGCCAACGCCAUUGCCGGUCGAUUCACCCCUGGUUCCUUCACCAACUACAUCACCCGAUCCUUCAAGGAGCCCCGCCUGAUCAUUGUCACCGACCCCCGAACUGACGCCCAGUCCAUCCGUGAGGCUUCCUACGUCAACAUCCCCGUUAUUGCCCUCUGCGAUACCGAUUCUCCCACCGAGCACGUUGACGUUGCCAUCCCCACCAACAACAAGGGUCGCCACGCCAUCGGUACCGUUUGGUGGAUGCUUGCCCGUGAGGUCCUCCGCCUCCGUGGUACCAUCUACAACCGCGAGACUCCCUGGGACGUCAUGGUCGAUUUAUACUUCUACCGCGACCCUGAGGCUGAGGCUGAGGAGAAGGUUGAGGAGGAGAAGGUCCCUGGUGCUGACGAGGUUGGUGCUACCGCCAUCACCACAGGAUUUGCUGGGACUGGUGACUGGGAGGCUGCCGCACCUGGCUUCGCUGGUGCCACCACUGGCAACUGGGAUGGAACUGGCGAUGAGUGGGGCAAUGCCACUGCCGCCCCUACUGGCGAGUGGGGUGCUACCGAGGCCAAGGAGUCCCAGUGGUAG